CGAGAAGUAGUUUAUGUUUUGUGCAGUAGGUAGAUUGAAGUUAAAGCUUUAGAAAAUCUAGAAUCUAUUAGAUCAGAUUUUUAAAUACAUGUAACUUAGAGGAUUGAAAGUGUUGCGAAGACUAAAUAAAUCUCUUCAAACCCUCUCAAGUCUCUGAAAUGGAGUCAGCACAGUCAGAUGGAGAUGAAAGAGAAGAUGAUAAGAGUCCUCUCCUGUUGGAGACUAUCUGGUUAAAACAAACGAACGUGGAGGAAGCAGAAGCUGUUUUUCAACAACUGUCUCUUGAGGAUAACCAGAAAAAUAACGUUAAAGCUGAAGAUAUCACCCACGAAGAUAAGCAUGAUGCAGAUCAAGAGAUUGAUUCUGGAUCAUUCCUACUUCAUGAAACAGUAUGGUUCCAGCAGCAGAAAUAUGAAGAUGAUGAAGCAAAUUUCCAAAUGUUUCUAGCAGGAACCAUUGAUUCCUGCUCAUUAAGUGUUGCCCCAGGAACACCGGUCAAGCGUCUACAUGUUCAAGAGGACAGGAUACAGGUGAAGAAGCAACGACAUGAGGGAAAAACAAAAGGGGAAGCUCUAGAAAAGAAACUUCAGACAGAAGUUACUUCCUUGUCAAAGACUGUGAAAAAUAUUCUUGGACGUCUGGAAGAUUUUGAAAAGACACAACAAAGAAAAGCUCAGGCUAUUCGUGACACUGCACAGAGAUUAACCACCGCUAUAGAGGCUUGCCAGAACAGACUGAACGAGGAGCUGAUACAAAGUGCAACUCAGCUGAAUUCCUUUAGAGCAGUUCUUGGUGAGAUUAGCUCUAUAGUUGGGAGCACCAAUGGCAGCCUUGAGGAUGAGACCUGGGGAAAGUUUAAAACACAUGAUUCUUAUUGUCAAGCCAUGGUUGAUCGCAUCACCAAGCUAAGCCUGGAUCUAACUCAGUGCGCUGACAUUUGCAAUUGUUUUCAAGCUGAUGUUCCAAAAUCCGAUAUCAACAGAAUAGUGGGUGAAAUCGGCAAGCUGUCUCUCAUUAAAAGGCAAUACGGGGCUGAUAAAUUUACCACCAAGAGGGAUGCAAUUGCUAAAAGCGUUAAAGAUUUGUUGAAAAUGGAGCUGUUGGAACAGCAUAUACACAGAAGUGACUCUCCAUCUGCUUCAGAUUCUAGCCUGGAAGGGAGUGGAUCAGUUUCUGAGAAUGAUACAGGAGCCAGCAAGUCAAAUGGCUUGAAUAAGAACAAAGCUCAGUCAUCCAAAAAUAAAGAUAACAAAGCAAAGAAGAUGUUUUUAAACAAUGGUAAACCUAGCUCUGUAAACAAAGGCAACAGAAACAACAGUGCAGUGUCAUACUUCACCAAACCUGCUGAUUCAAACCAAUACAGGAUUAAAGUGGAGGCCUCCAGUUUCAUCUCCGCCACUCCUAAAAAGAGAAAUGCUCAGGGCACUCAAAGCACUGCUCAGAAAAAGCAAGAACUGUUCAAGUUUAAAGGCAUGUCACAGGGCCCCAAGACUCCAUUUGUUCAUCAGCCAGGACUGUUAGGACCAAGACCCAACCUCCUUCAACCCCAAGGCUUGAAUCAACAAUUCCCCUUCUCAUUUUCUAAUAUGAAUUCAUCAGCCCAUCAACGCUCUGCUCCGCCCCAGUUUGGUGUUUUGCGAAACAUGAAUUCAGCACCAGCUGGAAGCCAGUCUGGGUUUGGGGGUGCUGGCUUUAAUUUUUCCAACUCACAAUCCCGCCCAAGAUCAAUGGAAAUGGGGGGCGGGGGUAUGCAUAACCAGUCCAUGGGUUCUAUGAAUUACAAUGUACCUCAAAAUCAAGGAAACCGACAGGCAAGGCAGUCAGGUCUUUUCCAGAUGCAACAAAAUCCCAAUCAAAACAAAGGAGUUAAAGGCCCUGAACAGCACUUUGGUGGACAGUCCAGACAAGGAGGAGUUUCCUUUCCCUUUCAUCAAGGUGGUGUUGGUUCAGGAAUGAUGCAGCCCACUCAAAGCAGUAUGAUGAAUGCCUACACUGGGCUGAGCCAGGGAAAUAUGGAGCAGCAGUUGAACGAAAUCUCUCAGAAGAUUCAGCACAUGCAGCUUGCUGCCAGCCAGAACUACCAGCUGCAACAGCUCAUGCGCGAGACUGAAAGGCUGAAGCAGAUGGUGGCCCAGAAGCAGCACCAGCAACAUGACCGCUUCCAGCACCAGUUCCAGCUGUUGAUCAAUGCCUUCAUGCAGCAACAGCAGCAGCAGAUGGCGCAAGGCCCGCAGUCUAAGAUGGCAAAGUCCGUGCUCUACCAGAAUUCCCAGAGACGCCUGACAAACAAUAGACAGCACCAGUUGCAGUAUCAAAAGAAACAGAAACAACAGCAGAACAAGGUUCAGCAAGUAAGGCUAGAGCAAGAUAAUCCUCAGAAAAAACUGAAGCCUGAUACACCACCCAAUACAAGCAGUCAAAGUGUAUUUUCAUUUGGACCUCUUAUGUUACCCAGCAUUGACUCUACCAUAACCAAGCUCACGACCUUUGACCCACAUGCCCAGGGAGACAAACGUAAAACAGGAGUCAGUGCUAUGGUGGUAUUGGAUAAUAUUGGAUGCCUUGUCAUUGUGGAUAUCCUCAACAGCUGUCUCAAACUCUAUGAGAUCUCUGUGGGAAACUCCUCAUCAGACAUAUUCAGGCACAGCUUUGUUACACGCCUUGAAUUAAACAGGCUUUAUUACAUGUGUAAACUUAGUGCCGACACCAUCGUUGUUAGCCGUGAUGGUAAAAAGCUGAGCUUAGUCCGGGUGUCCAAGAAGAGAUUGGAAUUUCUCCGAGACAUUGACACAGAGUCCCAGUAUUUUGGGGUGGCAUAUGUCAAGGAGAAUUUGAUUGCAUGCUGCGCCUACACAGAUAACAGGAUUGACUUGGUCAGCAUUCAUGAAAAUAGAGUGCAGACAUCUCUUCUAGUUUCACACAGGAGUGGCCCUGAGCUUGUCACAUCAUUGUCUAAAAGUGGAUCCAUUCUUUACCUUGAACGAGUCCCAAAUGUUGCCAUGCGCCUGGUUUGUCUUUCUCUAGAAGGCAAGGAAGAAUUUGCUGUUGACUUAGAAUCCAGAUCCACUGACGUAUGGAAUGUGGCUGCCAUUGAAGAUAGGAUUAUUUGCAGCAACAAACAGACAAAUACAGUUAGUUUAUUUUCAAGCAGUGGUUCUUUGAUAUCAAAUCUUGUCUUUCCUUCGGGGUCUGUGAAUUGCCCCUUUGCGAUGGCAUUUUGUAACAAUGGCAACUUGUACAUUGCUAAUGAUUCUGACUGGGACAGUGAGUUUGAUCACUAUGUGACAACAGAAGUCAACAUUUUUAAAUUUUCUUAAAAAAGAUGUAUUUUAAUUCCAAAAGAAUGUGAUGAAAUUGUAAUGUAUUUUUAAUCAGGGAGUUUUAUUUAAAAAGAGCAACUGCCACUUUAUUUCAGUCUUUUGUUGAGUAUUAAAUUUUAUGAAAGGAAACUAAAUUUAAAUUAUAAAAUGUUUUAAUUUUGUGCGAGAUUAUAUUUUAUACAAGUUUAAUUUGUUUAUAAUGAUAUUGUGAUUUGUAGUUCUUUUAUUAUUUUUAUAUUAUUUUUCUGAUGGUUAUUAUUAUGUUAUCAAAUAAAAGAUCCUGCAAAUGAAUAUUUUAUGUAUUAACUUAUAAAAUUGUCUAUUUUGGAGUUAAAUUUUUUAUUCAUCUAUAAAAUGUUCAUAACGUUGAUCUUUUUCUGAGUGCUGUAAUUACUUGAAGCGUUUAACUGAAAAGUUCAUUUAAUCAUUGUACCAUUGCUAUGGUUUAUAAGUGUUUGAAUUUUUAAAAUAUAAAGUUGGCAGAAAGUUUUGGAUUGUAAGAUUUAAAAAUAGUUACUACUUUCUUCUUUUGUAAUUCAUUUAAGCGUAAUCAUUUAGUGAAUCUAAAUCUAUACACUUUUUGUUUUUUAGAUAUUCUAAGCUCUCAGGGUCUAGUAUAUAACUACUUUUCACUGGCACAAGUAUGUUGACAAUAUAUUUUUCCAGGUGUUAGGUUUUAUGUCCCUAAUAAAUGACAAGGAAAUUAAUCAAAUCACAUAUUUUGUGAACCCUUUAAAAUUGAUUGUAGUUUCUACAUUUACUUGUAACUUGAUUUUUUAAAAACUUAACAUAUACUUUUGGAACUUUAUUUUUUCAUCUCCACUGGUGUUGUUAUAGUUUGAUUAAAUAUGCUUCAGAAUGUAAACUUGUAAUAAAAUAUCUCAGAGUAAUUACGUUAAACCACUAUUGAAAGCCACUCAUUAUAAUUUCACAGUUCUUUUUGUUAGUAUUAUAGUUAGAAAUCAUAAGCUGUUUCUCAUUGUUAUUUUUCAAAUAGUCAUGAUUAGAAUAGUCUUUAGCAGAAAAGAAAGAUAAAUUAUUCUAAAUCCCUUUGUAUCAUAGCACAAAAACAUAGUUCUAAUAUAAAUACAUUAGUGUGUUACUUUAUUGCUGCUUAACUUUGUACAACAUGAUUAAGGUUAAAAUAAAAACCUAUGACUGAUAUAUAUUGACACUCAGCAAUACAUUUGACACUCAAGCUAAUCUUACAAUACUAACAUCAAAAGAUGUGUGGCCCAAUCCCUAUUGUUUUAAUUUCAACUUUUCUUGAUUCAACCUUGUGAUCAAUAUGUAUUUUGUACUACACUUUGAGCUAUCAUUUAUUUUAAAAUGUUAUGUCAGUGGAUGUUAGCUUUAUCCUUUCCCACAAGUUCUGUCAAACAUGCAUGCAAACACCUCAUGUCAUUUGCUGUGUUUUUACAUUCAUUUUUUUCUUCUUGGAGCCGCAACUCUUUUAUUAUCCUAUGUGACUUGACUUUGUGUCAUCAAAAACUGUGUGCUGUCUUUAUAAAGUUGUCUCACUUAGCAGUGACUAGAUGCUAGCAGUGUGGAUUGAUUGAUGUAAAACAAAAAUGAAUUUAAUUUUGUUUUUAAAUUGCCUCUCAAUAAUUUAGGCUGCAACAAAGUUGAGCCUUUGAUGUCCUUUACCAUGUCAUAAAGCUUGUGGGUUGCAAUAAAUAACAUAGUUGUGUGUUACAAUGUGCGUUAGCUGUCUUGUGAAUACUUCAUUUAUUUCUGUUUGACCUGCACUGAGCAAAGUGACACCUCAGUCCAGGAGUCAUGAAGUAACACCUUAGUCCAGGCAUGGGCUAGGUUCUGAUUGACAUAAUAAAGAACACUGCCUGUUAUUAGAUCAACACUUACUCUAGUUAGUUGAAUCUUUUAACUUGGAUAUGAGUAAACCGCAGUGUACUGUUUUCAUUUUUGUGUUGUUGUACAUUUAUGGAAGAAGUUAUAAUAUGUAACAGAGGAGAUGUUUUGUUGUAAGGUCUUUGCCUCACAAAUCUUUUAGUGUAUUUGCAUUUGAUACACAUUACAUUUUAUCUUCACACAAAUACAAGAAGUCAACUUUGACCCCAUUUCACCUAAUCACGAAAGUGAUCUUCUAGGGUAAUCUGCGGGAUUCAAAAGACUAAACUUGCGGCUGUUGCAAACAGCUUACUUACUUAGAUGCGGCACUCUGCAUUUGAAAAAUAUUCUUUCUUUCAUUAGCACAGAUUUUUUUCCAGCAUUUUCUUCAUUAUUUUGGUAUUUCAUUAUAUUAGCUUGAAAUGUAAUCAAUACCUUAUUCAUAUUUCAUGUAGAUGUGUCAAAUGUGAACUGUUCUAAGUUUGUUCAUGUCUUCAAAUCUGUGUCUCUGUAGUCUUCUUUGUAAGAUUUGUGUUUUUCUUUUUUUUUGUCCUAGUUCCAUUAAAAUCUGAGUGUUUCAUUUAUGAUGCUGUUCUCACCUUUACGUUUCUCCUAACAUCAGAUGGACAGGUCAGCAUUUAUUUCAUUGACUGGACCCUUGACACUGCUUGUCUCUGUAGUCUUUUUAUGGGUCACUUGUGCAUUUAAAUCAUUAUAAAAACAAGUGUUUAUUUUCCUCCUAGUAAAAUUUAUUCAUUCUUUUUAAUCUAAAUUGUACUUUAUUUUGUUUUCUAAACAAAAGUUUACAUCUAUAGUCUUAGGUGAAAGAUUGCAUUCAAUGAACAAUAAGGGACCAUACACACUUUGAAAUGAUUUUUUGACUUUUAUCUCAAUGGUACUUAUUUUUUAAAGUUUCUUAUAUCAUACAUUAUUAACUAGUGCAAUGGCCAAUGCCGAUUUAAAAAAAAAUUUAGCAGAGAAAGAAAAAAGAAAUUGUAAUUUGUGGAUCAAAUGUAAACAUAAACUCACUAAAGUACAGGGAAAAAGUUGUUUAUAUUAUUCUUCUACUGAAUACAUUCUAGGAAAACAUUGAUGAAUCUUAUAUAACCUUAUGAACCUGUGUCAUGUAUCAACUGUUGAAUAACCCGUGUCCUAUGUACCUAGGCUGUGUGUGAUAUGUAUUUAUUAAACUUUUUUCAUUGUCAAUAAUUCAAGUUUGUACCAGCACAGAAUAUUGUGGUCUUUUUCAAAAUGAAUAAUGGUUUCAAAUUUUUAAAACAAAAAAAGAAAUAGUACUGUUUAAAAUUAUACUCAUAGUAUACAUUUGGAACAUAACAAUUCAUAAUCUUGAUGAUAAAUAAGUAGAAGGCUUGUUUGUAUAUGUUUUUGUGUUUGUGUGUGUUUAGAUCUUACCUCUGUAGUAUACCUUACAACCAGUGUACUGUUUAAAUAUUGAAGCUUUUAAAAUCACUUUUGUAACUAUACUAACAUCAUUUGGCCAGCUAAAUAGCAUUAAAAAAUUGUCAUUUUUCAAAAUAUGCUCAGACAUAAAAACACAUUUUUUUAAAAGCUGAUUUUCCUAAUAAAUUUCACUUAUUUUAAUGGCUUAUUAAAUACAUACAGUGCUGACAGAUUUGUUUUUUUUAUUGUUUGAUUUGUCUUAAACUGGCCCUACAACCAGCAAUAUUAAAGUUGUCUAUUUGUGAUUACACAGUGCAUUUAUUUCCCUUUAAAAAUAACUUACUUUAAAAAAUUAAAAAUAUCAUUUGGCCUGCUUAUGUGCUGACCUCACAUUUUUUUUUUUAAAUAUGAAUAUGUACAUAUAGUCAUAUAGUUAGUUAAUUUACAUGGUUGCACAUAUUGUUUGUGGUCUGCUGUAGUGUAGUGAUGUUACAUAACUUUCAGUACAGUUACACUUGUGGUUAUUAAGUUUAUGAUGGUGACAGGACUAUUGUACACAAGUAGUCUAUGUUUCUAUAAGUACCACAUACUAGUGAAUCACAUAACCAUUCUACACAUCUUACAAUUUCAGUCAGGUGCCCAUUAGAUCUAGGCGGGCUUAGUUUAGGAAUGCCUAAAAGAUUUAAGUCCUGUAUAACCCAGUACUUAAUACAGAAUUUGUUUUGUUAGUUAUAACACAAGCCCUCACCAUCAUCAGCUUCUGUUGGUUUUUUUAGUCAAGCAAAGUUGGACAAGUUGUCUUCUAAUCAUUGCACAACACAUGAACCAACCCUAGCAAUUGUGUAAUAGUUUGUCAGCUCUGUUGGUAUUGUUUUCAAAAUAUUGUUACCUGUGAAAUACAUUAAUGCUAGGUGUAAUUUUUUAAUAACGCUUUGCUUAUCCUUAAAUUUAUUCAUUCUCUGUAGCUUCCAUUUUAUAACUUGGUAAGUUUUCUUAUCUUGAUUUGUAUUGUUCUUAGUGCUUUAAAGCUAAAGACUUAAAAUGUAAAAAAAAAGUGACAGGUGGUUUAUUUUUAGUUUAAAUGAAGAGUGAUAAUUUAUCUAAAGUUUAGUUGUUGUACAGCAUUAGAAGUCUUUAAUUGUCAACACCAGUUUAUUCAUUGAUGACUAUAGUAUGAAGUACAUUUUUCCUCUAAGUUUAACAUAAUAUUGAAAUUCUGAAUCACUUUCAAUAAAUUGAAAUAAAGAUUUUAAAAGAUUUGUUGGAUUAACCCCUCUGUUUAAAAAAUAAUAAAAUUUACAGACAUUGUUUUUUUUUUUUAAAUAAUAAAUGUUUGAAGGGGAAAAAUAAACAUGAGAAAAACA